CUGGACUACUCCAACAAAGAAGCAGUUGGUUGUACCGAGACAUGCAACAAUCCUUCGAGAUGCGUAUCUUGAACUAAAAUAAUAUCAUAUUCAUACCAUCCCUUUUCGCAAUCUCUUAUGCAGUUGCUACACAGCAGUCCACCUCAUCGAAAUUCCAAAUGAAGGUCCUCAUCGUCGGCGCAACCGGCUCUAUCGGCAGCGUAAUCCUCCAACACGUAGUGCGCCGUCACGACGUCACGCAAGUUAUCGCAUUAACAAGGAGACUACUCUCUGAUCACGAGAUCGGUGACAAGAAAAUCAAAAACAUAGUCAUAAAAGACUUCGGCGAUCUAGCAAAAGUGCAGGAUGAAACGUGGGAAAAGAUCCAAGACGCUGACGCAUUAGUCUGGGCAAUGGGCACAUAUGACUUGAAUGAGGAAGUCAACCUGAAUUAUCCUCUGUCUUUCCAAGAAGAAUUUGCGAAGAGACUACUUGCAUUCCCGCGGAAACGAGAAGGAACGAAAGACAAGUUCAGAUUCAUUCUCCUCUCAGGCGCGUUUGUAGAACCGGAUCAGUCCCGUCGACUGUACUAUCUGUGGGACCAACGGAGAAUGAAAGGCUUGCUUCAUACGAAAACGAUCGAAUUUGCAGAAGCGCAUCGAGAUUUUUGGGAGGCUUUUAUCAUCAGACCUGGGGGAAUACUCUCCGGUGGUGAUACUUAUCUAAACAAAGCGGUGGAAUACAUAUUUGGGAGAAGCCUUGCGAUUAGAAGCGAAGAGCUGGGAGCUUUUGUUGGAGGUCUGGUGGUGCACGGGGCGCAACAGCCUGUUAUUGAGAACCUUGAGAUAGUGGAAGGAGGUAGAAAACUACUUCAAGAGGGUAUGUGAACGGUGGAUUCGAGCACAGGUAAUUGCAAAAGCAUACCUCAGAUGUUAUUUGGCGCAAUACAUCCUCUCGACUUCAUGAUUGGGUAUCGUGUGAGUACAUAUUAACGAGAUUUAUGGAACCAGGUAUCCAUGAUGGCGACCUAUAAGGGGAAGAUGCUAGAUCUGAACUGCAAGAAGGUCACCGAUCCUGAGGAUAUCCAAGACGACGGGUCUCCUAAAUGCCUCUUGGAUGUUCAUUCGGUAAUUUGGCAUGAUAUAUUUAUCAACAUAUUGCGCAACCCCAAG